AUGUCACGAAGAAGACCUGCCGAAGAGCCUGAAAAGGCGCAGAGGCUCUCCCUUGCCGAACUGGCCGCUCAUGAUGAUGUCUGCUCGGACGCCCUCAUAGACAAUGCUUACUACAAGUCGAGAAUACGAAAAAAUCGCACCAAACACAUUCCCGUUCGCGGUAUCAAGGAGGAUGAGGUGCCUCGAAUCCUCCUGCACAAAGUCAUCGUAGAUAAAGAUCUGGUGGCCGCUGAAAAGGCCCUACUGGCACUUCCUGGAUUGAAACGGUACAAGAAAAGUCUGCGCAGCAAAAUCGAACAAGAGCAUUUUCUUCAUCAUCUUCGCAAGUACAUUGCCAUGUACCAGACCGACUGUCCUUGGGAAGUAUCCACCACCAAUCGUUAUACGAUCACCACUUACGAGGCAGCCGUGACCGCCCGGCGGCGUAUCAAGCAAGGCGACACCGUCAAAUACCUCACCGGCACUCUCGUUCCCCUGACCACUGAGGAGUCCGCAGAUUUGGACUUGACUAAUCGCAAUUUCAGUAUCGUUGUUUCGAGUCGUAAGAAGAAUUCCUCGAUUUUCCUAGGUCCGGCCCGCUUCGCCAACCACGAUUGUGACGCAAACGGGCGUCUAGUGACGAGAGGGGUUGACGGCAUGGAGGUGAUCGCCAUGAAAAAUAUCGAGGUCGGGGACGAGAUCACGGUGUCUUACGGUGACGACUACUUUGGACCUGGUAAUAUGGAUUGUUUAUGCCACACGUGCGAAGUCCUGGAACGCAAUGGUUGGACACCUAAGGCCGCCAUUCUCGACCCUGGCAGUCAUGCUUCCACACCAUUACGGGAAACUCUUCCCAGUUUUCCGCCUCACAGUCUGAGACGAAAACGGGAAGCGGAAUCGUCUUCGCAAUCGUCUUCUGCUCCUCCGCCUAAGCAUGUAAAAGUCAUGCAGUCUCCUUCGAAAUUGCAGCAUUCGUGGACUCCACCGGACAGCUCAGACUCGGAUACUGCACCACCGGUUGACUACGUGGGAACUUUGGAAUCCGCCGAACCAAUACAUGCUCCAGGUUUGGGAGAGGAAGCUGCACUUUCGCCGCCUCAUAGCCCGUCGCAGCUGGAAGAGCGCGAGCCUCGUGAAGACCCUCAUCGAUCCUCGGCCUUAUCCGCCCCGUCGGACGUCGUGGAUCAGCCCUCAGAUCUCAGGCCCAAAUCCCCCCCCAGCACUUCCAAGCCCAGAAGAGGUAGUCGUGAAAGCAAGAUGACUGCCAGACUCCUGGGCAAGAUAUCGGCACUGGCACCGAUAUCCCCGGCGCCUACAUCCCCCUCUAGUUAUGGGUCUGCUACAGAGACUAGGGCCGUGAGCCAACAAUUACCUUCAAAUCCCGCGACAGAUACAGCCGUCACGAUCAAAGUUGAGUCUGUGGAGACAACCAGAGUGGAAACAGAUGAAGAUACUAUCAUUGUCGCUCCUUCGCGCUCUAAUUCUGCCAGAAUCAGUGAGAAUCCGCCCAGUGUUGAGGGACAGCAAAACGCAGUCGAUCCAUUUCCCGAACCGGUUGAACCGCCCGUUCCCCAUGUUGUAUCAACACUUUCGACGACAACUAUUACCAAAGAUGUUCACGAGCCGGAACCCGAAUCCGAAUCGACCGAGACCAUGACUACAGAAACUCACGUCCUGCCUUCGAUAGAACCAGACAGCACGUCGAGAACUGUCGCCACAUUAACCGUCCACCCGGUCACCGGCACCAUUCGCAUAGCCGGAGACUAUAUCUUGACCCGGAAAUUGCUAGCACAGCCACAUGACCGUUGGGUCCAGUGCCACAACCCAAAAUGUUUUGGUUUUUUCAUUCAACCGAAUGGAUACCAAACCCGGCGCGAAUGCCCCCGAUGCGAACGCCAUAGCAUGCUUUACGGCUUUCCGUGGCCGAAAACCGAUCCAGAUCCUCGCAAACUCCUUGAACGUAAGUCGCAGGGUUCGGGACGCGGGAAGAAAGGCAGCCCCGCAAUCGAAUACAGUGCCUACAGACGGAAAGGAAGGUGCGGAAAAGGCACAUGGGUCGAAGGCGGAGGAGACGAGGAAGAAAGAGUCAUGGAUCACCGCACGAUUCACCGAUUCGUCCUCCCGGAAGAAGAGAGAGAAAUGACUAGAAAAGGGCUCUUGAGAGAAGCUGAAUUGGCCCGUGCAGCAGGAGACCAUGCCCUGGCAAUGCUCGAGGCAAGAAUGCGCGCCGGAUCCAGAGGACCCGGCUCUGAGAGCGCAGCAAGAGAUGCAAGUGAGAGCGGUAACGGGUCGGCGACACCCGAUGAGGCUCGGAGGAGGAGUAAUCGCUUUGUCACACGGCCUGUCGGUGUCUACACGGAUAAAUUUUAG